AUGUCUCUUAAUUUGAGGGGGUGGGGUGACGCGGCGAAACGGCAUCGACUGAGUUCGUUAUUACAUUCAGGUGCGUUUGAUAUGUGCUUAUUACAAGAAACAAAAAGAUCUACUUUCACUGAUUCUAUGAUACACGGUUUGUGGGGAUAUAAAGAUGUUGUUUGGAUAGCUAAAGAAUCCAUCGGUCUCUCUGGUGGUAUGUUAUCUAUUUGGAACAAAGAUUUAUUUUCUUUUCGUUAUAGUUUUAUCGGUGUUGGUUUUCUGGGUAUUUGUGUGGAAUGGAAAAAUGGGUUGUUAUAUAUUGUGAAUAUCUAUUCUCCCUGUUCGUUGGCUGGUAAACGAAAACUAUGGAAGGAUUUGUUAGAAUUUAAAUCAAACAAUGCUAUUGGAGAUUGGGUUUUAGGGGGUGAUUUUAAUGCUAUAUCGAAGAGUGGAGAAAGAAGAGGUAAUAGUGGCAGGAGGAGUUUGUCGGAAAGGUCAGAAUUUUCCCUUUUCAUGGAGGCUAUGGAAGUGAUCGAUAUCCCGGUUCUAGGGAAGAAAUUUACUUGGUUCAAUUCCGAUGGUUCUCGGCAAUGA